AUGGCUUCUCUUGGUGGUAACCUAUUGCCCUUCGGCACCCAUGUCAACCCUAUCUACGCUGGUAUAGCCGUUGCCGUCAUCGGCAGUGUCUGCGCUUCUAGACUCAUCUCCAAACCUGCCAAAGACGAGCGGGCUCCUGGACUUCUCAAGUCCUUCUUCCUCUUCUUCUACUCCUCGUUCCUCAAGCCCCACCAGGGCGAUACCAAGGGCACGCAGCAAGAUGCCCUUGAGAGCUUCUACAAGUCACAGGCUGGAGCCUACGACGCCACUCGCAAGGUCCUCCUCCGAGGGCGCGAGGACAUGCUAGCGCUCGUCUCGGCUCAGCUGAAGGCAAAGGUUGAUGCCACCAGCGGCGGCCAGAAACGCAUCUGGGUCGAUAUCGGUGGCGGCACCGGUUGGAACAUUGAGGCCAUGUCCCAAUUCGUCAAUGUGUCCGAGUUCUUCUCCAGCGUGUACCUCGUCGACUUCUCCCCUUCGCUAUGCGAGGUUGCUCGCAAGCGCUUCGAGCGCCUUGGAUGGGACAACGUGACAGUUGUCUGCCAGGAUGCCCGCAAGUUCCGCCUCGAGGACUAUGAGUCGGGCAAUGCCCUGGUCCGUAGCCCCAUGCGCUCGCCUGCGCUCAGCUACUUCCAGAAGCGCCCGGAGCAUGGCGGUGCCGACUUGGUCACCAUGUCCUACAGCUUGUCCAUGAUUCCUGACUACUACUCAGUCGUCGAUUCCGUAGGCUCGCUGCUGUCACCCCAGGGAAUCAUGGGCGUCGUCGACUUUUAUGUUCAGAACCAAGUCGACUUCUCGUUCCGCAACUACACGGGCGGUCUCAUUGACCGCCAUACCAACUUCUUCACCCGCAGCUUCUGGCGAUCCUGGUUCGACCUCGACCGUGUUGGUUUGGAGCCUAGCCGCCGCGACUACCUUGAGUAUAAGUAUGGCACCGUCCUCAACCUGAACGCUCGUAACAAGGCCCUCGGCUCGAUUCCGUACUACAUUUGGGUCGGAUGCCACAAGAAGCCCUUCUCGCCAUCGAGUCUGCCUCACGAGAUUAUUGAGCGCAUCGACGCCCUGGCCACCGAGUCUCCCUAUCUCUUCCCCAAGAACCAAGGUGACGCUCUCACCCGCGCUAUUGAGCGCUCCGCUCCUGAGAUCCGAUCAAAGGCUUUCCUCACCGCGGUCUCCAAUCUCUCAGCCAAUCUGCCCUUGCCCUCGUUCUUCUACCAGAACCACCACUGGCGCAUCUACUACGAUGAUCAACUCCAGAAGCACAAGCAGUUCAACGAUGAGUACAUCUACGCAUUUACCUGGGAGGACACACGCGUCGACGAGCGUAUCCUCAAGUUGGGGCCUGAUGACAAGGUCAUCGCCAUCACUUCGGCUGGUGACAACAUCCUGUCUUAUCUCACACAGAGUCCUGCGCGCGUUCACGCCGUCGACCUGAACCCCACCCAGAACCACCUUCUCGAGCUCAAAGCGGCCGCCUACACCUCGCUCCCGUAUGAGGACUUUUGGAUGAUCUUUGGCGAUGGCAAACACCCCAGCUUCCGCGAUCUGCUCAUCACCAAGCUGUCCCCGCACCUGUCGAGCCGUGCCUUCCAGUACUGGCUCAAGAACGUCCACGUCUUCCAAAACUCGUCGAGCUACGGUCUGUACGACACGGGCGGCUCACGCCACGCCAUCCGUGUCUUCCGCUGGGUUGCCCGCGUUUUCGGUCUGCGCGCUGUUGUCAACAAGAUGCUCGAGGCCCCGACCCUGAACGAGCAGCGUGAGAUCUGGCGCAACAAGAUCCGCCCCGCCCUCCUCUCCAAGCUUGUUUGCAACCUUGUUGUCGCGCAGGAAUCCUUCCUCUGGGCAGCUCUCGGCGUCCCCAAGAACCAGCUGGCCAUGAUUGAGCACGACCACGCCAACUCUGCGGGCGUCAAGUCCGGGCAGGCCAAGAACACUCGCUCCCACGCCAUCUGGCAUUACAUGGUCAACACCCUCGAUCCCAUGGCCGAGCAGACGCACGUCGCUGGAGACAACCCGUAUUACUAUGUCUGCCUCGCCGGCAAGUUCUCCCGCAAGUGCCACCCGGACUACCUCAGCCCGCGCAACCACGCCAAACUCUCACGCCCCGGUGCCCUUGACAGCCUGCGCAUCCACACCGACGAGUUUGACGAGGUCAUCUCGCGCAUCAUGCCUGGCGAGCUCACCGUCGCCGUCGUCAUGGACAGCAUGGACUGGUUCGACACGGGCUCCCACGCCGCCGCCGCCCAGGUCACCAAGCUCAACCGCGCACUGGCCACGGGUGGCCGUGUCAUGCUGCGCUCCUCGGCCCUGAACCCGUGGUACAUCAAGGUCUUCGAGGCGCACGGCUUCACCGCCAAGAGGCAUGGGGCGCGCGAGAAUGGUGCCUGCAUUGACAGGGUCAACAUGUACGCUUCGUGCUGGAUCUGCACCAAGACGGAGAAUCUGCCCCCGCCGACCCCUGAGAUGGAGCGCAUGAGCAACUCGGACAUGCCUCCUUUAUCGAUUUAA